AUGGCAUCAGAGGUGUUCUGUAAAGUGGGAGAUGGGGAGGAGAACAUGACGAAAAAGGAGGCUCUCAUUUUGAAUCAAAUGCCGAAGCCCUUUCCAAACGCCCAAACUAUGAACAGGACGGUUGCCACCAAAGGACUCCCUCUUUCCUCAAGGGACAGUUUGAUUACAUUCAAGAAGGAAGAUACCAUCAACCUUCCCAAUCUACCGAAGGCGAUGCCAGGGGAGGAAUCUGAAUGCAGCUCCGAUGACACCAGCCUCUCCCCCGUCUCAUCUUCCUUGUUGAAUCCCAUCAAACUGGCCGUAACCCAGCCCAACAGCAGCUUCUUUGCAGGGUUGCUGGAAGGCGAGCUGAACAAGCUCAGCAUCACCUCGGUGGCCAAGAAUCCAGAAAAGGAGGACCUGGCCUUCUGCCCCCGUCCAACUAAGUCCCAAAUAGCCCCCGAGGGCCUGCUGGACCUUGACAACCCUGAGCUGGACACAGACACCUCCUCGACGUCCUCCAAGUCCUCCGUGGUCACGGACGUGCCAGAGACGCCCUUUAUCUGUGAACACACAGUCAGCGAUUACACAGCCGUGAUUUCCUGGACCUAUGCCAUGAGCAGGCAGCCGGUCAGUUUCUACCAGGUCCUGUUGCAGGAGAUGGCCAAGAAAAAGGACAGUGAGUUUCCCAAGACAAAGAACUGCCCGUGGAUCUUCCACAAGAUCUUGGGUACCACUGUCAAGCUGAUGGAGCUGAAGCCUAACACAAGUUACUGCCUCAUCGUCCGUGCCGUCAACACAGCCGGGGCGGGGAAGUGGUGCAAGCCCUACAAAUUUGCAACCGUGGCCAACGACCUGACCAGCUUCCCGGAGAACAACCCCAUCCAGAUCACCGUGCGGCGCAAGCAAUCACAGAGGAAAACAGUGACCAUGAGGCAGGCUGAGAUGCGGAGGCUGGAAGAUCUGGAAAACCUAUUUCCCUACUAA